AUGGCGAAGGCGGCGAUGAAUUCUCAUGCGCCGGCGCUUUACUCGCUGGCGGUGAUACAGUUCAACGGCAGCGGCGCCUCAAAGAAUGACAAGGAUCUCCGCGCCGGCGUGGCGCUAUGCACGCGUGCUUCGCUUCUCGGCCACAUCGACUCGCUCCGGGAGUUAGGCUACUGCCUCCAAGACGGUUACGGUGCGCGCAAGAACGUGGCCGAGGGGCGUCGGUUGCUGGUGGAAGCCCACGCGCGUGAGCUAGCGUUAGUCAUACGCGAGGUCACUCGGUCCACCACCCCCUCAAACUCCUCUAUGCUGACGUGGCUAACUCGACGGUUACGCAAUCUUGCGUGCCAUUCAGGGUCGUUUCUUCCGUUACUGGAGGGUUACGGUGGUUACAGCGUAGCUGUUCAACCGGUGAAUUGGUUUAUGAGGGAGUGGUUUGAGUCCGGUAGAGGGAGGUUGGGUGAGGGGCUGAGGUUGUGCGCGCACGUUGGCUGCGGGCGGCCGGAGACGCGGCCGCAUGAGUUCCGGCGCUGUUCGGUUUGCGGGAAGGUGAACUACUGCUCACGGGGGUGCCAGGCGCUUGAUUGGAAGCUGCGGCACAAGACGGAGUGCUCCGAGUUUUUACCGUGGGUGGUGGUGGUAGAGAACGACGGUGUUGGUGGUGUUGCUGCAGUUGUUGGCGGAGGUAACGGUGACGUAGUGGCCUAGUGGGUGUAGAACAUGUGCGUCGGAUGGGGGGAGGGGAGUGGAGAUUUAAUUUGGUGGAACUGAACCAGAACAUAAGAAAGGAAGAGAAACACAGUGGAGACUUAAUCGCUGCGUUAGAGACUCAGGUUCGAAGACAAAGAUUGAAAGUUUUAAUUUCUGGUAAAUCCAGACUAACAUAGAAUAGAAAAAAAUUAUCUAAAGACAGCUGAAGCCGGGGCCAUUUGUGAUUCUUGUUAAUUUUUUAUAUUAAGGAAAAAAUAUGUACACAACAUGACACCAUAAAGACUUGUUCUAAUAGAAACAUAUAUAUGGUGGGGAUAGAACUCAUUGAUUAUUUGGGUUGCUUACUCAUUCUUUGAAGUCAAUGACUAAUAAAGCCAUGUAAUUGGGUCUUAUAAAAAUUGAGCAACAGUGACCCACACUCAAAAACAUUUUUUUAAUUUGAUGCAAACAUAUUUACAUUCCA